AUGAUCCCCACCUCCGUGCAGAGCAAGGACACCCCAGGUUACUGCGCUCAGAGGACUGCGCUCAGAGGUUAUGAAUUUGCUGGCAAAAGGAGCCGUGGAAAAGGCUCCAGUUACUUCCUCGUCCCCAAAAGAGGGGAGUUAGUUAUCCCUGUUCUAGUUGAGGAUCCCAUAGACAUCCCCCCUGUUUCCACUCGAGCCCCUUUCAUCCCCCUUCCCCUGACCCUUCACCCCGUCCUCACCAUUAUUGAGACCACCAAAGAGUCCCUGUCAAUUGUCACCGAGGCGGGGGUACCUUGCUUGUCGGACCAAGGCAGCGAUGAUUGUGAUGAUGAUGAUGGUGACGAUGAUGGUGAUGGCUUGGUGAUAUCGGGGUUUGGCUCUGGGGAGACCUUCGACUCUAGCCUCCCCCCUACUGAUGAUGAAGAUUUUUACACCACCUUCUCCCUGGUAACAGAUAAGAUCUUGACAACGUCGACCUACGAAGGUGGCUACAAAGCUCUCGCGCCAAAGUGGGAAGUAAAGGACUUUAAACCUAGCAAGGCCUCUGAGCCAGGCAGGACUACGGCCAUCCCGCCUCUGCCUGACUUCAGGAGCUCAGCUGCAUCACCCGUCACGCUCGAGACAGCUCCUAAAAUCCCAGCUGGGAAAAUGAACAACCGUGAAAUCAAACCCCAACCGGACAUAGUGCUACUACCACUCCCCACGUCUUUCGACAUGGAUGGCACCAAACCGAAGGGGCCGUACAUCACCCAGCCCAUGUUGCGCACCAUCCCCAGUGCUCUGCCCACCGUGCCAGGUAUCAGGAGAGUGCCUCCUGGUGCCUCAGAGGUAAUACGUGAGUCCAGCAGCACUACGGGUAUGGUGGUGGGUAUCAUCUCUGCUGCCGCCCUGUGCAUCCUCAUCCUCCUCUAUGCCAUGUACAAAUACAGGAACAGGGACGAGGGCUCCUAUCAGGUAGAUGAAACACGGAACUACAUUAGCAAUUCUGCACAGAAUAAUGGCACAGUAGUCAAAGACAAACAGCCCAACACUAAGGGUGCCAGCAUCAAGAGACCCAAAGACAAGGACAAGGAAUACUAUGUAUAAAACAAAAAUCAGAAUGGCAAAACACAGAGACAGAACAACAUCUGAGAAAUCUUGAACAGAAAACAGUGAUUUUACACAGAAAAUCCUUUAAAAGCUCAAACACACUGAGUCAAAAUGAACCCAUUUCCGAGUUAUGUGAUUUGAAGCACACUUAAGCAUACGGUAAGCAUAGGGAGAAGGCAAAUAGGACUCUGGGGACCUUGAUACCUUACUUUCUGUCUGGUUGUGGGACAAUGCCAGUGUAAAAUAUCUCAUUGCAACAUUGUUAUCCCUCAAGUGACUUUCUGAGGUACAAAAUCCUUGGUGUAAAAAAAAAAGACAAAGCAACCCUUGUCCAUUGUAACCCUGUACAAAUCAAUGAUGAUCAUGGGUAAUGGUCAUGAUUUUGGACAUGCAUGUGAUGUGUGUGAUGUAGUACUGAUAUCUUUGCAAAGAGGAGAAAUAGAAGAUGUUGUUUUGGAGAUGCAAAGUGGGAAAAUUUGCCAUAAAACAGUACCUUUCUAACCCAUGCUGGAGAAGAAGUGUUCCAUUAAACAAAUGGUUUUAUUGUCUUUUUUAUUGUGUUUUUUUGGAAUAUGUGUUUCAGGGCUUUACUGUGGAAAAAUGACUUCUUUUAAUUGUAUUAACAUUUUACUCUUUUUUGUUUGUUUUUGCUUU